AUGGAAAGGGUCGUUGCCGUUGUUGGUAGCAUUGCUGACUUGCAGGGUCGUCGGUUCGCCGGUAUCCAGGCUAGUGUAGGGAGCGUGAGUCCGCCGGCUCUAACCGUCUCAAGUUCGACCCAAGGUAAGGGGGUUUUAUGGUGCGAAGCCGCGAUGAUUGGAGCUAUCUGUGCUGCUCUGUAGUAUUUUUUAAUGUCUGGUAGACCCAUUCCUCCCUUGGCAUGUGGUUUGAACAUCGUGCUGAGGGCCACCCUAGAUUUUUUGUAGUCCCAUACAAAUUCAUUCAAGAUGCGUUGUAGAUCUUCCAAGUACUUGUUCGAGAUCUUGAGCGGGAGUGUGCGGAACAGGUAUUGAAUCUUCGGUAGGAUCACCAUCUUAAUAGAAGCUAUCCGGCCGGUCCAAGAUACAUAUUUGCCUUUCCAGCUGAGCAGUAGGGUCUUGAUUUCUGUGGAUAGUUUUGCGUAGUUUGCUUUGUACAGCGAGGUUGUGGAGGGGGUGAAGAGGAUCCCUAGAAACUUGAGGUGGUCAUGUCGCCAAUCAUAAGUGAAACUGGCUUUGAGGGUGGCCAUUUCUUGGUUCGUGAUAUUAAUACCCAUAGCUAGGGUUUUAGAGAUGUUCAGUUUAUAGUAGGAACAAGCGCUAAAUCUGGAAAGGAUUUUGUGGAAGUUGGGUAGGGAGAUAUGCGGUUGUUCCAGGGUAAGUAGUAUAUCGUCCGCAAAUAAGGACAAUUUGUAUUCCCUACUCUCGACUUUAAUACCGUGUAAACUCGGGUUGUCUCUUAUCAUUUGUGCGAGGGGUUCUAGUGAUAAAAUGUAAAGCAGUGGGGAGAGGGGGCAACCUUGUCUAGAACCGUUAGAUAUAAGAAACGGUUUGGAAAUGAAGCCUCCGUUUACCACUUUGGUAGUUGGUGAGGAGUAAAGUGCGGUGACAAUCGACAGGAAUUGUGGGGGGAAUUCACAUUUUUUGAGUACUGCUAUGAGAAAGGGCCAGUGGAGCCUAUCAAAGGCUUUCUCAGCGUCUAGUGAUAGUAGGACGCUAGGGGUUUUAUUCCGUUGUAUCUCGUAAAGAAGAUCUAAAGUUUUCCUCGUGCCAUCUGCCCCCUGUCUGCCUCCCACGAACCCUACCUGGUCCGACUGUAUCAGGGAGGGAAUGACGUGUGAUAUUAGAGAAGAUCUUUGCUAUGAUUUUGAUGUCAGUGUUUAGUAGGGAUAUGGGGCGGAGGUUCUGGCAUCUAUUAGGGGUUUUCCCUGGUUUGGGUAGGGUGGCAACAUGGGCCAUCAGCAUCUCGCUUGGCAAUUUUCCUGUUUGUAUGGCGUGGUUGUAAACUUUCUGUAGGUAGGUGGUUAGGAUUGGCGCAAAUUGUUUGUAAUAGGUAUUGGUCAAGCCAUCUGGGCCCGGUGGGUUGUGAAGUUUUUGAAGAAGCACAUGGUCCACAGAGUCAAAAAUGUUAACAGAGACUAGUGACUUGUGGACUUGGCAAAUGUAAAUAAUUAUCUAUAUUGGUUAAAGCAAAUUGUGUAGUGUGACAGGAACCAGGAAGGGGGCCAUAUAGAGAAUGUAAUUCUUACAUAUCAUGUAUCCAGGAUUACUUCAGUUGGAAGGAGAAAGAAUGUAAAUGUGAGCAGAAUUAAACUUAGGGCCUAAGUUUUCCAUUUAACUUUUCACCUCAAGUCAUUGUUUAUGGAACACACCCACACUGAAUAUAAAUAUAUAAAGCUUUUACAGCCCACCGGAAUCUACCCUACAUGUGGACCUGCAGGUUUACAGGACCUAGCAGAUACACUGACCACUGACAGGUGAAGCGAAUAACAUUGAUUAUAUUGUUACAAUGGCACUUAUCAAGGGGCGAAAUAUAUUAGGCAGGAAGUGAACAGUCAGUUCUAACAUUUCACGUGACGGAAGCAGGAAAAAUGGGCAAACAAAAAGAUCUGAGUGACUUUGACAAGGGCCAAGUAGUGAUGACUAGACAACUGGUGAGAGCAUCUCCAAAAUGGCAAGUCUUCUGAGGUGUUUCCAGUAUGCAAUGGUUAGUACCUACCAAAAUUGUAAAGAAGGAAAACCAGUGAACUAGCAUCGGGGUUGUGGGCACCCAAGACGCAAAGGUUAGCCCGUCACGCAGAAGAGCUACUGUAAUAGAAAGGUGUCCGAACACACAGUGCAUCACAGUUUGCUGUGUAUGGGGCUGUGUAGCCACAGACUGGUCAAAGUGCCCAUGAUAACAUCUUGCCAUAGCAGUGUGAUCACCGUGGACCCUCACACUGUAAUAGAGUAUUGGGAAGUAUCAGGUCGAUACUGUGGCCCAACACGCAGAAUUAAAUAAGACACAGAAACAAUAGAAAUAUAAAUAAACAUAUUACAGGACCUUAGAAUGGCCACAUUCGUGUGACCUUUAACCUGGCCAGAAGAGGGGGUUACUUAGCCGGCGUCCAUUAGAAAGGUGCAUUCGCCGGUGGUUGCAGUACAGGAGGAUCUGGCUGUGAUGCGCCGUGACUGAGAUAAGCAUUUGAUAUUAGUAGUGUGACUGCACCGAUUGAGCGUGGUCACAUGUGCUCCCAUGCCGGGAGCCAUUACUGAGAGCCAGUAGACAAGAAUAGGGAGAUCUGGAGCUGGAAAGCCGCCACAGGGCCUGCUCCAGGCUUUCCUGUGGGGAGGGUCUAAUGCACUUAAGACACUUGCUGCGCAUGUGUCCCCCGAGGGAGGGGGGCCAGACGAUACCGUAGUGUUAGGAAUACAACAUUGUUGUAACACGAGAUUUCGAAAUAAAAUCGGCUGAUGUCAGAGGGGCGAGCAGAGAGCAGUAGUUCGGCAGAGAAAGACAUGUACACCGUGGAUAUAUAGGAAGCUUGGCUAAAGACCGAUUAUUAUUUUUUUAAGCCUGAUUUGUGAGUCUUACAAAAGACAUAGGAGGCUGAAUACUUUGCAAAUAACCCUUCACACCCCAGCACUCAAACCUUAAACCUGAAAAUAAACCUUAAUUCUAUGUUGAACUCAUCUUAAAAACUAAGCAUUACUAAGUUUAACUCAUCUCUAGCCCUAAAUUCAAUAAUCCUAAAUCAUCCCAUGUACCCAUAUGCUAAAUUCAACCCCACUCAACAAACAAACUCAAUAAUCCUUUAAGCCUUUAUAUUACAUUCAGAUUCAGACAAUAUAUUAAACGCAGAAAAGACACACUAACGGUACAUAUAGUUAUUUAUAUGCAGUUAUCAAAUAUGAAUUUCUUUUUAGAUUUUUAGGACUGCAAUGUCAAGUUAAUAAAUGCAUUAUACUUAUGUCGUUUAUCUUUUAUGGGGGGCUGGGGAGCAGGUGUCAAAUAUUGUGCUUACUGGCACCAGACAUGUAAAUCCGGCCCUGGCUAUAUAUAGAAACACACACACAUUCACACACUUACUCUAUACAAAUACAUGUCUACAUUCACACACAAGCACAGCACACAAAUACAACCCUGCAAGGAUGUGCAAAUGGCAGAUAUAAAGCUGGUUAAGCAUUAUGAGAGUUGUUUGACAGAUGUUUGAGAUCUUCCCUUUUGUAAACCCUGGGGGGGGCUGAACAUUUUUUUUUUUUUUGCACCAGCAUCCUCUCCAGAUAGUUCCGCAACUUUAAAUAGUGUUAAUUUUGCUAUCGUGGACAGGGGGCACGUAAUCGUUAGUGAAUAAUCCUCUUCACUUCAUAAAACAAGUCAUUACUGGAAACACGGUUUCUUCUAUGAAUUUUCCAGUCAGAGUAAGAAUUUUUGUAACAGUUUUUCUCUUUCUUCAAUUGAACAGAAAAAAACCUCAUCACACUUAAUGAAUAACACAGGCAACAGCAUCUAGCUCAAACGUUACAAAAUUACUGUAAAGGAAAGUACAGUCCUUUUUUUUUUCUUGCUAAAUUGAACGACAUUGUUUUACUUACUGGGCUUCCUGUUUAGCAGAUAUCGGUUACACGAUAAAACGCUCUAAAAGAAAUCUGAAAGUAUUAAACCUUAAUGAGGUAGGUUCGUUUUCAGAAAUAUUUCAGUGUACUUAUGCAUAUAUUGUUUAUGUAGGAAUUAUUUCUUUUUAAUUCGCAAAGUCUUUCGUAGCGUUAGUCCUUUGUAACUCUCCAUAGCACAUUGGGAGACAUGUCUCUGCGAUAAAUAGUAUACAUGUUUUAAGGUCAUAAAAAAUAAUCUCCCAUGUGAAAAAUAAGGGGAGCCAUGGUAUUUAUUUUCUUUUUCAAUCGAGCAUGAAAAUAAUUAUAUUUCUUUAUAAUGUGGAUGUAUGAGGAUUGCUUUAUGGACUGUGUAUAAUAUUUAAGUAUUUCAGUACUCCAAUUAAAACAUUUAUAUUCGGGGCAGUGCUAUCUUCCUAUUUCAUAGCAGUAUAUAUUUGUGUCUAUUUAAGGUCUGUAAUCUCUGUAGUUUAAAAUAGUUUAUGCUUAUUAAUGAUAUUGUUUUACUCGUAGAAGAUCAAUUUUAUAUUUUCCAAAGUACCAAAGUUGACUUUAAAAAAAAAAAAAAUCUGUACGUUUUAGUGUAUUUAACUUUUUCCACUAAAUGUAAAACAAAAUAUUGAUGUUUGUUGUGCUUAGCUUAAAGAAAACAUUAAAUGUGUAAACCAACCCCCCACUCCCCGCUUUAUUGUUCCAUUGUUAAUAUGUGGUUUCACUCCUAAACAUCUGAAAAAGCUUCAAUAUAAACAUUUUAAUAAGGGAAAGUUAAGAACGGCACCAGAUAAAAAUGAUGUAUUAAUUGUACCUAAUACAAUUUUAGUUGUUUUUAGAGAGAAAACUAGAUGAUGGAAAGUUAUAAAAAUACAACAAAAGUAUAUUCACUUAUAAAAUAAUAGAAUCCUUCAAAUAUUAUAGGUGAGAGUUUCAUUUUCUAUAUUAAGGUAGCAAGCAGGUAUAUUAAAAAAAAUAUAAAACAGAAAACAGAGGGAUAAAAAUGUAUUGGUAAGGUUAGAAAAUACAUUUUAACAGAGGCAUUGAAAAAUGAAGUGUAAGAAUAGACUAAACAAUGGUUUGUAAAGUAAUGAAGUCUAAAAAUAGAAGAAGCUUGGGAAGGUACUAAUCAAAGCACAAAAUAAAGAAUUAUAUAUUUUUAAUGUAAAUGGAAAGAUAAGGUGGUCUAAUUAGUAUUAGCUUUUUUAUUUAGCGUCAACAUUUUCCGCAGCGCUUUACAAUGAUAGAAAAGGGAUAUCUGACAACAAAUAAUUGACACACAGAAUAUUAAAGGGACACUAUAGUCACCCAGACCACUUCAGCUCAAUGAAGUGGUCUGGGUGCCAGGUCCCUCAGGUUUUAACCCUUCAGAUGCAAACAUAGCAGUUUCAGAGAAACUGCUAUGUUUACAUUGCAGGGUUAAGCCAACCUCUAGUGGCUGUCUUCUGGACAGCCACUAGAGGCGCAUCUGCAACGCUGGAGGCAUAUUAUGGCUCCAUCGCACAGAGCAUCCAUAGGAAAGCAUUGAGAAUGUCAUUAGUUGUCUUGCCUGGGGACACUUACAGGUGAAGAGGUCAAACCUAUCUUUUAUCUACCAUCCAACACAAUGUUUCAAGGUGGAAACCCUGAUUGUUUGCUUAUCUAUAAAUGCAGAGGUUAUUGGAAACCCUAAAAAGGAAAUCAACAGGUUUGUGGUGAUUUGAAACCGAAUUUGCAAAAUGAAUGCCAAAAUAGUCACGUUGGAACAUACAUCUUCGUCUAAAUCAAAUCGGGAUUUUUCUUUCCUUAGAUGACUAAAUUGGCUCAAAACUCGUAACUUUGUUGUCAACAUGGCACAAAUCACAGUUUUCACUCAACUUAUGUCAGCAUUGAUAUUAUAAAUGUGAAUUUAAAAAAAUUGCAAGAAUGGUGAAAAUAUAUAACAGCUUAAAAUGCUCUCUCUAGGAAUAUAUGUAAAAGUAUUAAAAUGUAGAUUGGUUUUAAGAUGCCAUUCAAUACAAUGUUUACAUCAGAUCACUCUCCUAGCUACUGCUGUAUUUUCAACAGCAUUGCUUGCGUGGAGAUGCAUCACUGAUCAAGUGUGAUGCAUGAGAGUAACAGAAGUCCUCUAUUAAAGAGACAUACCAAACACCUAAACCACUUCUGCUUGCUAAAAUACUAGAUGUGUGAAGAGAGCGUCUUCACUUUACAACAAAGCCUUCUGGCUGUCAAUCAGAUAGUUGGUCCUGUUACUUCCUGGUUUGGUUAGCUCAGUGGAGCUAAACUCAAGAGGCAGCAAUUGCCCAGAAAACCUGCCUUGCAAAGACUUCUCAUUGAGCUGCACUGGGAAGCCUGUGAUUGGACAGCCACAGAAAGUCUGGGCGGGGUUAGAAGGGGAGGGUUUGCAAGCUGUUUUAGAUAUAACCCCAAUGAAAGACAUGCAUAUUUGAAUGCAUGCAUAUUUUCAUUGGGGAUAUAUCUGAUAAAUAUGGAUUUAUUUAUUGUUUUGUAUUUGUGCAGUAGAGUAUCUAUUUAAACACUCCAAAAGCCAACUGGUAUCCAUAGAACCUUUCUCAAAUCUUGUUGCACACAUUUAUUGCUUUUAUAUGUGCAAUGAAGGGAAGAUGGAUGUGAGAUUAACUGUCCUACUUGAUGUAAAUAGCAAGGCUUAGGUAGCUGAAAUGCUUUCUCUGCCUCUUCUAACAUUUAUCAUAGUAAUAUUAAUAGGGUUAUUUAAAAAAGUGAAACUUCAAUGUGAAUUUCAAAUUUAAAAGGGCCACUAUAGUAACCAAGAUAACUUUAGCUUAAGGAAGCAGUUUUUGUGUACAGAUCAUACCCCUGAAGUUUCACUGCUCAAACCUUUGCCAAUUACGAGUUAAAUCACUUUGUUUCUGUUUAUUUGUUUAUAAAAUAUUUUACAAGGAAAGAUACAUUGAGAUUUCUCUCGUUUUCAAGUAUGUCCUGGGUCCACAAAACAUUGCAUUGUUACAUUAGGGUACAAUAAAAUACAAAAACAAUAGUAAUACACAAUAUAUACAGAAUUUAACAUAGAACAGGUAGGAAAUAUAUAAUCAACCAUGACAUGUGCAUUCUGUUUUGACAUAUGUAGAGAGGGAUCUCUUAAAGGACUUUAGGCUUGAGGAGGAUUAUAACGUGUGCUUUCUUUUUGUAUUGAGCUAGACUAAAUGAAGUGUUGGUACUGGAUCGGAGGUUAUAGGAGGUGGGAACAGCCGAGGAGAGCAUUUUGUUCAGGUAGGGUGGGAGCUUCCCAGAAAAGCUCCUAAACACAAGGCUGGAAAGAUGAAGGGUGCGUUUGGAUUCCAGUGACAGCCAGUUUAGUUCUUUUAGCAUGUCACAAUGGUGGGUCCUGUAUAAAAUAAAUAAUAUUGAGGUGGGGGCAGACCAUGCGUGAAGGGGCGGGGCUUAGCGUGCGGCAGGGCGGGGCUUAGCGUGCGGCAGGGGGCCCUGGCUAAUGCAGCAAGCAUGGGAAGCAGGAAGGAGUCCCUGCUUCCCCAACAACCGGUCUCCAGGAGCUCCAAGUGAUGUGGAGGUAAGAAGCGGGUCAGUGUGUCUGUGUGUGACUGCCUGUGUGUCUGUCUGCCUGUGUGUGUGUGUGUGUGACUGUCUGCCUGUGUGUGUGUGUGUGUGACUGUCUGUGUGUGCGUGACUGUCUGCCUGUGUGUGUGUGACUGUCUGUGUGUGACUGUCUGCCUGUGUGUGACUGUGUGUGUGUGACUGUGUGUGUGUGUGUGUGCGGACCGUCUGCCCGUGUGUGUGUGUGUGUGUGCGGACCGCCUGUGUGUGACCGUCUGUCCGUGUGUGUGUGUGACCGUCUGCCCGUGUGUGACCGUCUGCCCGUGUGUGUGUGCGCGGUGUGACUGUCUGCCUGUGUGUGUGUGACUGUGUGUGUGACUGUCUGCGUGUGUGUGACUGUCUUCCUGUGUGUGUGUGUGUGUGUGUGUGACUGCCUGUGUGUAUGACUGUCUGCCUGUGUGUAACUGUGUGUGUGACUGUCUGCCUGUGUAUGUGUGUGGCUGUCUGCCUGUCUCUGUAUGUGUGGAUGUUUGCCUCGGUGUCAGUGACUGUCUGCCUCUGUGUGUAUGGAUGUCUUUAUGUGUGUGCAUCUGCUAGUGAGUGAGCCUCUGUGUGUGUGCACCUGCUAGUGAGUUUGUGUGUGUGUGUGUGUGUGUGCCUGCUAGUGAGUGAGCUUGUAUGUGUAUCAGUGAGCUUGUCUGUAGGGAUCAUAUGUGUGUGCGUGUUAGUGAGCUUGUCUGUAAGGAGCAUGGGUGUGUUGGAGCCUGUCUGUGGUGAGCAUGUGUGUACAGUGAGCUUGUCUGUAGUAAGCAUGAGUGUGAUCGUAAGCUUGUCUGUAGUGACCAUAUGUGUGUCAGUGAGCUUGUCUGUAGUGAAUCUGUGUGUUAGUGAGCUCUUCUGUAGGGAGCAUGUGUGUGUCAAUGGGCUUGUCUGUAGGGAGAGUGUGUGCGCAUUAGUGAGCUUGUCUGUAGUGAGCGUGUGUGUGUGACAGUGAGCUUGUUUGCAGUAAGCUUGUGUGUAUCAGAUUUUGUCUGUACUAAAUUUGUGUGUGUGCCAGUAACCUUGUCUGUGUGUGUCAUUGAGAUUGUCUGUCAAUGAGUUGGCUGCACAAUGACUUAUGGGACUGGCAUAGAUUUUUUUCUAGGGCUGCUUCGUAUCCUGCAUGGGAGGAGGAGGAGUGGGGGAGUGACUCGGGAUGCAUAAACAAAGUGAUUUAACUCCUAAAUGGCAGAAACUUUAACAGUGAGACAACAGGGGUAUGAUCUAGGCACCAAAACUGUUUCAUUAAGCUAAAGUUGUUUUUGGUGACUAUAGUGUCUCUUUAACCCCUUAAGGACACAUGACAUGUGUGACAUGUCAUGAUUCCCUUUUAUUCCAGAAGUUUGGUCCUUAAGGGGUUAAAGACAGAGUAGCCAAACUGAAAGCAUAGCUGCAUUCGAGAAUUGUUCCAUUUUGGCUAUUUUGACGUUAAAUUUGUAAUUCACUUUGAAUUCACCUUAAAUUCUCACUUUAGUAAAUAACCCUGUAAGACAGGGGUGGGGAACCUUUGGCCCUCCAGAUGUUUUGGACUACAUCUCCCUUGAUGCCUUGCCAGCAUUAUGGCUGUAAGAGCAUUAAGGGAAAUGUAGUGCAGAUCAUCUGGAGGGCCGAAGGUUCCCAAACCCCUGUCUUACAGGGUUAUUUACUAAAGUGAGAAUUUAAGGUGAAUUCAAAGCGGCUGUAAGACAAAGUGGCCUAUUUUUCUUAAAUAUUGUUAAGUUCAACAGAAGAAAAAUAUACAGUUGUUUUCUUUCGUGAUGACAUUUGGAGAAAAGUAGAGACAUCAGCAAUAUUUGUUUUUCUUUUUUUAGCCUACAGAUAGUUUUGUGAAAUUAAAGCUAUCACAUGAUGUAAGAAAUUCUUAGUAACUUCAACAUUUUACAUGGAAUAAAUUCACUCACAGCCUCAGUUGUAACAAGAUAAUUGUAUCUGAUAAGCUAUUGAUGUGGACUGGAUUGAUGUCAGCUUAGUACAUGGGCACGUGUAGAACAAAUUCCACAAAACUACAGUCAAAAGAUAGAAAAUAAACACUGCAAAUGUUUCGGAGAAAACAGCCACUACAGAUCACUUACAGCAGUGUUUGUUAAAUAUGUGAAUGGAAGUUUACAAAACUUUACUUUAUGAACAGUUUUAGCACCGUUUGACAUUUACUUGUGUGACUGUUGUGGCCUCUGCUGCAUUCAGUCUUUUAAAGCGGAAAAAGAUGGCAGCCAGGCGUUCAUUCAUCAGCACUUUCAACCAAUGAAUGAGUAGGAAGAGUUCUUCUAUAGAACAAAACUAACAUCUAGCGGCUUCACCCGACAUCUGGCGGGACCCAAUACAGAUCUAAAAUAGUUUGACAGAUAAUCCUGGGAUAGCGCCUGGGCUCUCCUGGCAUCUUGACUAUUACAGUGGGCUGUAGUGGAUAUGAUGCUUGGACAAACACUAGACUUGUUGCAUAUCUGCAUGGAGAUGCUGAGUGGUGACAAGGUAGGGUAACAGGAUAUUUUUUGUUCCAAAGAAUCAGACCUCUCCUUGCUGUGCACACUCUGUUAUAUUCUUGUAGGUGCCAUUGGCAAAGUUCUCCAAACUCCAGUUACCCCAGUCGUCAUGAAAGAAUACAAUAUUAGGAGAUUAGCGAUAUUUGCCAUCAAGGCAGGUGUAAGGUUGCCGGGGGGUGAAGUGGACAAUUGCCUCCAGUCCACAUACAUGCAGAGGUUUUGGACUGCAGCCUCACAGCCGUAUAGGUUUUUUUGCAGUCGUUUAAUGUUAGGACUUGUGGCUGCUGAUCUCUUUGGCUGGACCGGGUAUUUCACAAAGGACUGCAGUGUCUGAGACUAACCGAGCUGCCAGACAAUGAGGAGUAUGUAUGGAUGAGAUGAGACUGUGGUUUGUCCACUGCAUCUUAUAACAAGUAGUGCUUGAAUAGCAAUUCAGGUCCAACAGGAUGAUUUUACUAAACAUUCUAAGUCUUGCCAACCCGUAGUUUCCAAGAGUCCUCAAUUUGUGGGAGAGUCCUGUGUUGGCAUCCUUGUCACAUUGUCUUAGGUGACACCAAAAAUGUGCAUGGUGAAUGUGUUUAAACUGGCUGGUGCUGCACUAGGCAGGUAUUCCAGGACAUUUCAGUAAUAUGUGAGUGCAUCAGUAACAUUCUAUUUAUGGGUAGUCCUGCUUGGCAGGCUUACUUGGCAGGUUGUCAUGCUGGCAGGCACACAUACACACCGGGAUACCAUGCAUGUUUACAAGGGGCAACGUCACGCCUCUCACCUGACCGACCCUACAUUAGCCAAAGUGUGCAAGUAUGUCAGUCAAACUACUGAAAUAGAGACCACAGACUAUAACCAUAUGGCACUGCUUAAAAUCUGCAAAUUCUUGGUCAGUUCUCCAAAAUUCCUUAUUUAGUAAAUAAACCUUGUUUGCACAUUUAAUUAAGAAAUAAAUAUUCAUUAGAAACAACUGACUGGACGGGUAGGUGGAUCGUUCAAUUUGCACUUGACCCCCCCCCCCACAUCCCCCUCCCAAGCUUAAAGUUGCCAGUUCAUCGAUGAGCUGAUGAUAGCGAUCAAUUAAAUACAUUACAAAAAGAUAAGUCCUGCACUCACUCCCAUCACUACUGGGCCAGCAGCAAUGACUACAGUACACAUCAGCCCCAAUAUAUAGUAAAAACCAAAGAAAAGAAAAAGUUACCUGCGCUCUCUCCUUAAUCCCUUUGUAUAUUUAGACAAAUGGAGGUCAUUUAGUUGCUCCAAUGGCCUUUGGAGGGAAUGCCCGCCUGCCAACAUCAAGGCAGCAUUUAGUUGCUCCAAUGGGCAUUGGAGGGAAUGCCCGCCUGCCAAUGUCAAGGCCUUGACAUUGGCAGGCGGGCAUUCCCUCCAAUGGCCAUUGGAGCAACUAAAUGACCUCCAUUUGUCUAAAUACACAUAGGGAUUAAGGAGAGAGCGCAGGUAACUUUUUCUUUUCUUUAAUUAAAUACAUUAACCACUUGUUUUACUAUAAAUACUGCACUGUUUGUGAUGUGUGUUAGCUUGACACUUUAUACCUAAAUAAAUCCAUAUCUCCUAACGAUGGAAGAUAUGGAAUCAGGACAAGGUAGACGGGGUGCUCAGGGGGCAUCACCAGUAACAUGAUCCACAUCACUGGUGAUCCCCAAGAGUGGUGACAGGCAAUCUGACCAACCCCUAGCCUGCACUUGCUUUGUGCAACCUGCAGUUUACUGGUGUCCUCAGAUGCAAGACACCAGGGAACUGAAGGGGAACUGGGGGACAAGAUCCUGAAAUCGGGACUGUUGGGAAGCCUGAUAAAUCUACCUGGGAUUAUAUGCAGUGGAAUAAUCUGAGCCUGGAGAGGAUGCUGAACACAUGCCUUUAGCUCAUCCACAAACCCCCAGAGUGCCGGACUAUCAAAGACCCUGCACAAUUCAUGGACCCAGCCUUACUCCUGCAGAACUAUGCAAACAGAAAUACCAACACACACCCUGCAAUUUUCAUUUGUUAAUUAAUCUAUUAAAGGCUGAGGCUGUUAUCAAAUCAUUUGCCAAUUGCUGACUACUUACCAUGGGAGGGUGCCAGGGUAUUCCAUAACACCAUAACCACUACAGUGUACUGCAGUAGUUAUGAUGUUUGAAGUCUUCCAUUCCGAUUUAUACACAUAUAUACAUGUGUAACUAGGGCCUGUGCUACCAUAAGGCGGCACAGGCAGCGAGGGGCACAAAGAUGUCUGGGUGAUGGGAGCAGAGAGAACCCCUCUCCUGACGGUUACGUUCUGUAAAGAUGCAGCCAAGUACUGUAAAGAGAGAAGCCCAGACUUCAACUUCAAUUGGACAGCAAUACCUGGUCACUGGUAGGACCCUUGUUUAACAAAUAAAAGAAACAGUAAGUGAGUGUGUGUAAGAGCUAGUGUCUUAGUGAGUGUGUGUGUGUGUGUGUAUGUGUAAGUGCCAGUGUCUUAGUGUGUAUGUGUGUGUGUAAGAGCCAGUGUCUUAGUGUGUGUGUGUAAGAGCAAGUGUCUUAGUGUGUAUGUAUGUAUGUGUGUGUGUGUGUGUGUGUGUGUAAGAGCCAGUGUCUUAUUGUGUGUGUAAGAGCAAGUGUCUUAGUGUGUGUGUGUAAGAGCCAGUGUCUUAGUGUGUGUGUGUAAGAGCAAGUGUCUUAGUGUGUAUGUAUGUAUGUGUGUGUGUGUGUGUGUGUGUAAGAGCCAGUGUCUUAUUGUGUGUGUAAGAGCAAGUGUCUUAGUGUGUGUGUGUGUGUAAGAGCCAGUGUCUUAGUGUGUGUGUGUAAGAGCAAGUGUCUUAGUGUGUAUGUGUGUGUGUGAGUAAGAGCCAGUGAGUGCCUGUGUGUAUAUGGAUUAAUAAAACAUAAUUGAGAGUGAGUAUGGGGGUCAGUAAGCAAUAGUGUGUGUCGGAGAGUGUUUACAUAUAUAUAUAUAUUAUACACACAUACAUAUGCUAAAGAAAGGAGUAAGAAAAUUAGAGGGGGGAGAGAGACACAAAGGUGGGUUAGAGAGAAAAGGGGGCAAAAGAGAUAAGAUACAUCCAAGGGUGGAAUAGACAUUCAGAAGGGUGAUAAAAGACAAAAGGGGUUUAAGAGGCCACAAAAGUUGGGAUAAAAGCUCAAAAGCAUGAAAAGAAUGACAAACAGGGGACACAAAAUGUAAAAGAGGUAAAAAAGAAACAAAAAGGCGGUAUGAUGCUCAAAAGAGAUGCAAUUGCAAAAUACUAAUUAGUCUCUUCAGGUAACGUGAUUCUUAACCAGACAAAGGCAGAACUUAAUAAAUGAAUGUUUAUUAUAAACAAAAAUUAGUCACAGCGCAUACAAAAAAUAUAUGAUAAACAAAUUAUUUACACCAACAGAUAAAAACAAAAAGGAUAAAAUAACAGAAGUCCUAAUUACUCACUUAGUUUUUCAAAGUAAAACUUCUGCCCAGGGGGUCUCUGGCAAGGAAGGAUGAUGGUGACUCACUCAAAAUUAGAUCUUGGCCCCAAGCAAGUACACCAACACCCCUCCAAAUCAUUGAAUUCAUACCCUGUGGAUUAUCAAGUCUUGCCCAGGGGUGGAGUUAAGGCAUACUUAUAGAAAUAAUGAGUGACCACCUCUUUUGUUCCAGACCAACGUCAAUCCAAAUGGAAACAUUUUGCUCUAUCGUCUCUUAUGUACUUGCCACAGAAAUAAUAAUUGCAUCUAUGAAUUUAUUAUUAUUUUCCCAUCCCAUAGACACGUCGCACACCCCACCCGCGAUCCAAUAGGACAUCACAAUUCCUGCCACAUGGUUUAAGUUGUGCAACUCAUGUUUAGGCUUAAUUAAAAGAUUGGGCUUGUCCAAUUCUAAAUAUAAAAAAAAUGAGGCUUAAUUAUUAAGCUGUGGGUAAGUAUUAAUGUUCCAGUAUCAUAUUCUCUUGAAUAUGAUACUGGAACACACGGGUCUUCAUGAAACUAAUACCAUUACCAUAUCAAAGGAUUGAACUAUCAAUAGAGAGUAUCAGGCCAUAUGGUCAAAGUCAGUUAGUUUACACUGAAACUAGACAUACAGGUGGCUCAAGUGUAAAAUGUCUCACCUUGCAGGGCCUUUGAUAGAUCAGAAAGGCAAUCCUUGUCACACCUUGCAGAAGCCCCUUUUGAUCAAAAGAGCAAUUUCUCUUUGCCAUUUGUCCUCUACGCAGGGAUCAAAUUAUUGAUGCACUAACCAAGUUAUAUUAAAUAGCAAUAUUCCGUAGUGUAAUAAUAAAUUAUGCACCCUUGUCGUGACACGUGUACACAAAUUCUGGGGGCGGCAAAAUGCAUCUUCGCCUGUGUAAACAAACAUCCAAAAUUCCUUCCACCAGCACUGUGUGUAACUAUAACAGUGACAAUAUUAGGACCAUGUUUGCAGUGAAAUCUACUUAAUAUUAAAUUGCUCCUUUUUCUAUUUAUUAAAACGUGAAAUGGAUGUUUGUACCUAUGGGAAUUUGAAAUGGUUUAUACAAGUGAGACUGGAUGGAAAUUAACCUGCUUUCAUAUUACAGACUUAAAAGGAAGUAAUCUAAAUAUGGUAACGUUAAACAGAAACAAGGAACAUUAAUAGAGCACAGGGAAGUUCACAAGAAAUACUUAAAAACUUUCCCAUGGGUGGUUGUUUCUGAUGAUUAGUUGUGGGGGUUGUUAGAAAUGAUCUCCAAACAAAAUGUAAAUAUUCACUUCCUAUUUGGAUAAAAAGCUAUUACCAUAACAUUAGCUUGAAACAAGUGGCUCAGAACACAGGAUAAAAUAAGUUCAUUUAUAGGUUGAUGUUCAUAACUAAAAAAACACAUUUAUGUAAAUGCACACAAUCUUAUAUUUUCUUUUCUUGGUUUGUUCUGUUGAUAUAUAUUGAGCGAAUACAAUUUAGAGAUAAUAUAGAAGUCCUCAUGGAAUAUCAAAGGGACACUAUAGUCAUUAAAUAGUCACUAAAACAUCUUUAGUCUAAUGAAGCAGACUUUGUAUAUAAAUUUUGUUUCUGAAGUUCCACUGCUCAAUUCUCUGCCAUUUAGGAGUUAAAUUACUUUUGAUUCUGUUUAUGCAACUAUAGUCACCCAUCAACAGGUGGUGACCGACACAUCCUCCAUGAAAACAAAAUGGUUUAAUUUUCAAUCACUUUAAAAGUUUAUAUCACCGGCUCUGUAAAUGUAACUUUAAUUACAUACAGGAGGCUCCAGCAGGAUCUAACAAGCUAUUAACAGAGCAGGAGAUAAGACAUUCUAAAUUAAACAUAAUUUGCUAUAAAGGAAGUGUAAACAUUAGAUGACUCUGUACAGGAAGUGUUUUGGAAGGCUGUGUAAGUCACAUUCAGGAGGCUGUGCCUAGGGCUGUAUACAAAAAGUGAUUUAAAUCCUAAAUGGCAGAAAAUUGUGCAGUGAGACUGCAGGGGCAUGAUCUAUACACCAAAACUGCUUCAUUAAGCUAAAGUUGUUUUAAUGACUAUAAUGUCCUCCUAAAGUUUGACACAGGAUGCUCUGAACCUGUUUACCUUAAUAAGCCGAAUAACUCUGCUUCAAACUAGGACACGGGGAGACCUGCGUCUCUCCAGCAACAAUAUUACACAAGAUGAUGGGGCUAAUCACUAUAUAAUCCUCUCAAGUCCUGGUGCACAUUUACCUGUUGUGGUUUUUUAUAGGUCCAAAUAGCGCGAUUAUAGUGAUUUGGCUGUCUCUUGCUAUUACUUCUCUAGGUAACAUUAAAUCCAGCCAUUCUAAGGGCCAGUAAUACAACUAGCCAGCCACCACAUGGAAAAAGUUAAAAUAAAUAAAUAAAAAAUAAUAUUGGGGGCCAACAAGACCACCAUAUUACUACAAUGGAGAUAAAGUACCUCCAUAUGUCCUUACCUGCCAUCAAGAUGGGGGCAUAUCUACUAAACAUUAAAAACUAGUGGCUGGGCAGACAUUGCUGUCCAGCCGCUAGAAUCAAUAUCCAGGUCUUGGGUAUCAAUGUCUAAGCCUUGAUCAUAGGCCAUCGCUUAUUUUCACUUCUAAUUAGUUUCUGAACUUUGGACAGAAUUGCAUGUAUUGUUUUUGUUUUUGAUUUUUUUUUUUACAACACAUUUGCUAGAAAGGCAGCCAGUGUUUGAAAUGGUCAUUGACUUAAAUGCAACUUACCGGGCUCAAUGUUUGUAGCUCUGGAUAGCACUUAUCUACACUAAGCCAUUUAGAAAUUUGUAGUCAGUGGUUCAUCAAGUCCUGUUGGUGGUCAGAUUUGAUGAGAGAAAUUGGCUGUGUCCAUAAAUCUUAUGCUUGACUGCUUAACAUAAGAUACAUGGCCCUUUCUUGCCAAAUCAAUAAUAUGCUGUUAAAAACAUUGGAAAGGCGUGAUUGUUUUUACAUUAUUAAUUGUAUAAGAAACCAAAUUCAUUCUGGGAUGGAGAAUUCUACUCACAGAAUAAUAUUUAGUCAGUCAAUACAAAAUGCAUGUGUUUUCGAUAUUUUUAACAUUGUAUAUAAAAAAAAAUGCAUCCUAACGUAAAUUUUAUGCUUUUUAUAUUGUUCCUUUUUUCCCCUUUUCGUUUACAGAACUUAUAA